GGCCGUCCGCAGCCCGGCGCCCCGUUCGGCGACGCCCCGGCGCCCGGCCGGCCCUCAGGGAGGCGGACCCCGCGGCCGGCACCUCGCCCGCGGUCGGGCUGGACUGGGCGGUGUCAGCGGAGGCCCUCGCCAGGCGCGUCCGCCGCGCGACACCGGGGCAGCUGCGGCGCGAACGAGAGCGGCAGCGGGGACGUCCGCCAUGGAGACCCGCUACAACCUGAAGAGCCCGGCUGUUAAACGAUUGAUGAAAGAAGCCGCAGAAUUGAAAGAUCCAACAGAUCAUUACCACGCUCAGCCUCUGGAGGAUAACCUUUUUGAAUGGCACUUCACAGUUAGAGGGCCCCCAGAUUCCGAUUUUGAUGGAGGAGUUUAUCAUGGACGCAUAGUACUGCCACCAGAGUACCCCAUGAAACCACCAAGCAUUAUUCUGCUAACGGCUAAUGGACGGUUUGAAGUAGGCAAGAAGAUCUGUUUAAGCAUCUCAGGACAUCAUCCUGAAACCUGGCAGCCUUCUUGGAGCAUAAGGACAGCCUUGUUGGCCAUCAUUGGGUUUAUGCCAACUAAAGGAGAGGGAGCCAUAGGCUCUCUAGAUUACACACCCGAGGAGAGAAGAGCACUUGCCAAAAAAUCACAGGAUUUCUGUUGUGAAGGCUGUGGCUCUGCCAUGAAGGAUGUCCUGUUGCCUUUAAAAUCUGGAAGUGUUUCAAGCCAGGCUGACCAAGAAGCCAAAGAACUGGCCAGACAAAUUAGUUUUAAGGCCGAAGUCAAUUCAUCUGGAAAGACUAUCGCUGAAUCAGACUUAAACCAGUCUUUCUCACUAAAUGAUUCACAAGACGAUUUACCUACAACAUUCCAGGGUGCUACAGCAAGCACAUCGUAUGGCCCCCAGAAUCCAUCAGGAGCACCCUUGCCACAACCUACCCAGCCAGCUCCUAAGAAUACCUCCAUGAGCCCUCGGCAGCGCAGAGCCCAGCAACAGAGUCAGAGAAGGUCGUCCACUUCCCCCGAUGUACUCCAAGGCCAGCCUCCAAGAGCCAACCACACAGAGCACGGCGGGUCAGCCAUGCUGAUCAUCAUCCUGACUUUGGCACUGGCAGCUCUUAUAUUCCGACGAAUAUAUCUGGCCAAUGAGUACAUAUUUGACUUUGAGUUAUAAUGCUGGCUUGUGACUUAAGAGCUGUGACUCAGUUGCUUCAUUAAACAUUCUGCAUUGGGUAUAACCUAAGGAUUGUUUACAAAAAGAUUAUUUUGUAUUUACCCUUCGUUACUUUUUUUAUUGUUAUAAAUUCAUUGUGCUACAAGUAGACAUUCAGGCUGUGGUCCAACAGUUUGUCCUGCUUAGGUUAAGGGACUGGAAGCCAUAGUUCCUUGUCAUACUAUUUAAUCCACUUCACACACAGUAACUUAUUGUGGUUGCUCACACCCACGCUGCUUUUCUAUAGAUUUGCAAUGCUUUUCUAUGUAGUCGUUUGGAAUUUUCAGAUAAAAGAAGAUGUUUCCACGGUGGAGUAUUACUGGUUACUCAGUAUCACUUGCUGAGUACUGUCUUUAGUUAUAUAGACCAAGAGGGAUGAAGAAUGGGGGGGGCACAUUGUUCACUUGUCUUCUUGAGAAUUGUCAUUUAUAGGAGAGACACUGGGUUUGCCCAUUCUGUGAUCUUUCUAUUUGAAACUUUGUGCAGUGAGAAUAAUUUUAUUUCAGACAUUUAUGAAGAUCUUUGUUAUAUUUUUGUUUUUUGGAUAUUACUUGAAGAGGAAAGACUUUGUAGCCGCUUUGAUAUGAACCAUCUCCAAUAUGCACAUAAAUGAAAAGACAAGAGGCUUUCAUAGCCUGGCUCAAGGAAGAAAGGGUCCAAGCCGAGAAGUUGUUUGAUUUUUCUUUCACAAGUAGGUGAGGAGAUCAUAAAGUUUGAAUCUUUACUUUCACUUGUACGUGGUUUGAAUGAUAUGCCCAGCUCUGUAAUCACUACAGCUUUUCAUUAUUCCAAAAAUAUGCUUAGUGUUCAAAUUUUAAUAGAAAAACUCAGGGCCCAGGUAGCAGUGAUAGAUUAACCACAAACAAACCUUUAUUUAGAAUUGUCCACUAGUCAAAGCCUAAGAAAAAUUUAAUGAAAAGUCCAUCCAUUCCUUAGUACCAGUGAGUCCCCCAGAUGCUGACGUGCAGUUCUGUCAUCUCAGUGCCUGGUGAGACCGCUUAGGACAAUACUGCCUUCAGCAUGUUCCUUCAGCAACCUCGAGGGCACUUUUGAGGGUCUUGCAUUGCCGAUUUGACUGGAAAAUAUAGGCAGUUCUCUGCCUUAAAUAUAUCAUGCUCUCAAAGCCCAUUUAGAAGGUUUUGUUUUUGUGUUUUUUUUUUUUUAAGGACAACUGAAGAAUAUAAAUGGUAUUUGGUUCUAGCUCAGUCCACUGUUAACUCAUAGGUCUCUUAAGUGUGUGGAAAGGUAGUUGUAAAGUCCUGUGGUUUUAACUAAACAUAAUUAUGGGCAAGAUAAAAACAGCUCACAAAAUCAUUUUAAAGGUGAGCUUAGUUUUCCCUCCUGUCAUGUGACGUUGGCAUCUGUCACCACUGAAGGUAGUUUUCAUUUGUAUUUGGGAGCCAGGUUUGGUUGUUACAGUUGUUAUCUCAACACCUAAGGUUUGAAAAGGCACUGAAUGCUAUAAUAGAAUCUUCCAGUUAAUAGAGUAGAUUUUAUAGUUAUUGAAAGAUUGUUUAUAGAUGAGGUUGGUAAAAUCUAAAAAGCCCAAGGACUCUGUGAAGACUUCAUGUAAGGAAGGCUAUAUGUUACCACUUUAAAAAUAAUAUUCUUGCCAUGAAAAAGUAUAUUCUGAGGUCUUAGUUUAUAAUAUGAGAAACUUUGGGUCCAUGAUCUAGUAAGAAGUCAGUAACCCAAUGGGAAGCCUAGGUGGCCUUCCCAACUUAGGAGGACCCUGACGCUGUCGCCCUGUGCUGAAGUGGCUCAUGUGCAGCUCUCCCCCAAGUCAGGCCUGGCUAGCCUUUAGAACUCUGUGACCUUGUGUCUUCCAUGGACACCUGUGCCAUGUGGCAAGGGUUGUUCCGAGAUCUCAUCCACUCUUCCUCACUAUCGCUAACUGGCUACCUCCUUAUGUGUGUUGGCAUUUUUUAGCACCUGAUACACACAUCAAAGUGGUACGUUUUGCUUUUACCCCUGAUAUGCUAUCUAAAAAUUGUCCACCAACCCCCACCCUGGGGUUAAUGAGCUCCUGGAAGGGCCUCUGUUGUCAAAGCCUCAGUUUAACCCCCUAGAUCCAGCAUAAGACACAAACCAUGUAGAAGCUGGCAGGUAAAGUCUUAAAUUCUUGUUUUCCCAGUUCUCCGAUUUCAAACUCAAGGCUUCUUCACUGACCAGCAUAGCACAUGACUACACAUUAAAAUAGCAUGCUCGAAAAAAUAUGCCUGUUUUGCCUGUAGCAGUCUAGCCCAUGAGCCUUCCAAAUCUUCUGUAUGUGGGUGGGGCAUUAAUGUAGCACUUUAAGUUUCCUUGCUGCUGCUGUUGGUUUAUUCUACUGAAAUAAACGAUUUCCUCAAGCUUCUCAAUGAA